CCGCCCGCGGGGAGCCCAGCCCCACGCGCCGGCUCCGGGAUGAGCAGUGCCGCGUGCGCCCCGGGGCCGAGGGACAGCCAGGCCGCCCCGCCCUGGCCCCGAGAGUGAUCAGCAGCCGUUACCGAGCCUUUUCAUGGUUCGCUUGGAUGGGAAUUAAUUCUGGGAUGGAUAAAUAAUGCAUUGAGGUUCGCGUAGUCCAAGGCAAGCCUUCGGUCGGGAGCAAAGGAGAGGGAGCCAAGGGAGUUUCGCCGGUAAAGCCAAGCAGCCAUGGGGGCCCGAGCGGGGCAGGAGGUGCAACUGGGCAAGAGGAAGAGAAAAGGGAAGUGGAUGACAGCAUGAUCGGCACAAGGACGCUGGCCUGGCGGCUUCUGAAAUAUGCUGAGCCCAAAGAUCAGGCAAGCCAGGAGGGCCCGCUCCAAAAGCCUGGUGAUGGGGGAGCAGAGCCGGAGCCCUGGGCGGCCGCCAUGCCCCCACAGGCUGGGCCCCAUACUGAAGGAGGGCUGGCUGAAGAAGCAGAGGAGCAUCAUGAAGAACUGGCAGCCGCGCUGGUUCGUGCUGCGUGGGGAUCAGCUUUUCUACUACAAGGACAAAGAUGAGACCAAGCCCCAGGGAUUUAUUUCUCUACAAGGGACCCGGGUGACUGAACUCCUUCCUGGCCCCGAGGACGCAGGGAAGCACCUCUUUGAGAUCAGCCCAGGUGGUACCGGGGAGCGGGAGAAGGUGCCGGCCAACCCCGAGGCGCUCCUGCUCAUGGCCAGCUCCCAACGUGACAUGGAGGACUGGGUGCAGGCCAUCCGCCGGGUCAUCUGGGCCCCACUUGGCGGAGGUACUGCCCGUAGAUCGCAUGCUCACCCUCUAGAACCCUUGCCUUCAGGAAUUUUUGGGCAGCGCCUGGAGGACACGGUCCACCACGAGCGGAAGUAUGGCCCCCGCCUGGCCCCGCUGUUGGUGGAGCAGUGCGUGGACUUCAUCCGGGAGCGUGGGCUCACUGAGGAGGGGCUCUUCCGCAUGCCGGGCCAGGCCAACCUGGUGAGGGACCUCCAGGAUUCCUUCGACUGUGGGGAGAAACCACUGUUUGACAGCACAACAGACGUGCACACGGUGGCCUCCCUGUUGAAGCUGUACCUGCGGGAGCUCCCCGAGCCUGUGGUCCCCUUCGCCAGGUACGAGGACUUCCUCAGCUGUGCCCAGCUGCUCACCAAGGACGAGGGGGAGGGGACUCUGGAGUUGGCUAAACAAGUGAGCAGCCUUCCCCUGGCCAAUUACAACCUGCUCAGAUAUAUCUGCAAGUUUCUGGAUGAAGUUCAGUCCCACUCAAAUGUUAACAAGAUGAGUGUCCAGAACCUGGCAACCGUUUUUGGACCUAACAUACUCCGGCCACAGCUGGAAGACCCGGUAACCAUCAUGGAAGGCACGUCCCUGGUCCAGCACCUGAUGACCGUCCUGAUCCGCAAACACAGCCAACUCUUCACCUCGAGGGCCGAGGAGGGGCCGGCCUCCCCACGGGGGGGCCCACCGUGCACAGUGGCGUGGGGCUCCGAGGAGGUCCCAAGGGACAGCCAGCCAGAGCCCGGCAGCCCCGGCACCCCCGGCCUGCCAUCACACAGGACCUCUUCUCUGGACGGGGCCACUGUGGCGGCGCUGUCUAGAACCUCCCCCAUGGGUCCAGGUGGCCGAGGCAGCCCCACCACUGCCGCCAGCCCCGGGAAGAAGGUGCAGACUCUGCCCAACUGGAAAUCUUCCUUCUGGCAGCCGGGGGCCCGGUCAGGGAGCCCGAAGGUGGGCAGCUCCUCCCUGGAGGUGCCCAUCAUCUCCUCCGGAGGGAACUGGCUCAUGAACGGGCUGUCCUCCCUGCGCGGCCACCGCCGGGCUUCCUCGGGAGAACGGCUCAAGGACUCUGGCUCUGCGCAGAGACUCUCCACCUACGACAACGUGCCCCCGCCCAGCGGCCUCUUUCCCAGCACUCCCAGUGUGGCCAGCACAGCGUGGUCGGGGGCCUCCUCCUGCGAGGCGUCGGCGGGGGGCUCGCUCAGCAGCUGCACAGCCUGCCGGGCCAGCGACUCGUCCGCCUGCAGCUCCCUGCCCACCGAGGGGGGCCUCGAACCCUCCCCUUUCCCCAGCAGCAGCGAGGACCGCAGAUCCCCGGACCUGGGCCGCGGCCCAGACGAGGUGGGCACCUGCAUCAGCAGCAGCGAGCCCAGUGACCCAGGCAGCCCCAGCCAGGACUAUGCCCGCUGCUCCGAGGCUCUCCAGGGCCUGGUCACAGAGCUCAGGGCGGAGCUGUGCCGGCAGAGGACUGAGUACGAGAUGAGUAUGAAAAGACUCGAAGAAGGUAGUGCCACUCUGAGGAAGCGAAUGUCGCAGCUGGAAGAAGAACUGGACCAGGAAAAGAAAAAGUACACGAUGCUGGAAAUAAAGCUGAGGAACUCGGAGCGGGCCCGGGAAGAUGCGGAGAAGAGGAACCAGCUGCUGCAGAAGGAAAUGGAGGAGUUCUUCUCAACCCUGGGAAGCCUGACCGUUGGGGCAAAAGGGGACAAGGCCCCCAAGUGAGGGAGGGGGAAGAGCUCCCUUCUGCAGCGGUGCUCGCCCGCCCCUGAGCAGAGACGGCCGCCGGCCUCGUGAGGAGCCACGAGGCCCUGCAGCUUGGACCUGGGCCUCAGUGGUGCCAGGAGCUCCAGAGCCAGCUGGAGGGAGGAGUGCUGACACCCCCAGGGGGACUGUCGGGAGCCCAAGCCCCACGUGGGAUCUGGAUGCUGCUCCGGCGGUGCGGGGCCUGGCAGGUGUCAGAGGCGGCAGCCCCGUGACCCACCGAAACAGAUGGCACCUGGGGUCUGAGCAGCCCACAGGGAACAUUUUGCAUUCUUUAUUAAAUCUGCUGUCCUAGCAUGA